AAGACACCGAAUUGAUGUCAGGGACCGACAUAAUAAAUGGAGUAAAAUACAACGAAGAGGAGGUGGUAGGUGAGUCCGAAAGAGGAGUCUGGUUUGGCUGGCCUCGCUUGGCUUGCGUGCCUUCAUAAACCCCCACCCCCAUCUAUCAACCAUUCCCUUCAUAUUUUCCCAACCAUCUCUGCCAAGUACUAACCGUCUGUUUCUCCCCCUCCUUGUUUUCAUCUCCCAAACCAUAUUCCAGAAUCUCAACAUUUGGAACACUCCUCUCCUCUUCCUAUAUAAUUUCCUCACUUGCCGGCCGUUGAUAACUUCAUAUAUUUCCCGAGAUUUUACGAGAACUGGUCACUUGACAGAAUCGUCAAAGAUGCAGUCCGGAGAGGUCAAGUUGUCACCGUUCGAUUUCAUGACUGCUUUUUUAAAACGAGGUUCUGCUGACCUCACCAACUCUUCCGACUCUGCCGCGUCUUCGUCGCCUUCGCUGGCUUUGUUGCUGGAGAAUCGGGAGCUGUUGAUGCUUCUCACGACUUCGGUUGCGGUUUUAAUUGGAUGUGUUUUUGUUUUCGUGUGGCGGAGAUCGAAUGACAAGUCGGCGAAGAGUUCGGAGCCGGUUAAGUUAGUUGCACCGAGAAUUGAACCGGAAGAGGAAGUUGAUGAUGGUAAGAAGAAGGUUACUAUCUUCUUCGGCACGCAAACUGGUACCGCUGAAGGCUUUGCCAAGGCACUUGCGGAGGAAGCUAAAGCGAGAUACGAGAAGGCUACAUUCAGAGUUAUUGAUUUGGAUGAUUAUGCUGCUGAAGAUGAUGAGUACGAGACAAAAUUUAAAAAGGAAACCAUCGCUUUCUUCUUCUUAGCCACAUAUGGUGACGGUGAACCAACAGACAAUGCGGCUAGAUUCUACAAGUGGUUUUCAGAGGGAAAAGAAAAGGGGGAAUGGCUUAAUAAUCUUCAGUACGGAGUAUUUGGCCUGGGCAACAGACAGUAUGAGCAUUUUAACAAGAUCGCAAAGGAUGUGGACAAUGGCCUUACAGAGCAGGGUGCCAAGCGUCUUGUUCCAGUGGGUAUGGGAGAUGAUGAUCAAUGCAUUGAGGAUGACUUUACAGCAUGGCGAGAGUUGGUGUGGCCUGAGCUAGACCACCUACUUCGGGAUGAAGAGGAUGGAACUAUUGCCACUCCUUAUACUGCUGCUGUCCUAGAAUAUCGGGUGGUCUUUCAUGAUCAAACGGAUUCAUCUUCGUUGGAUAGAACUCUUAGUCUGUCAAAUGGUCAUGCUACUUAUGAUGCCCAGCAUCCUUGCAGAGCUAAUGUGGCUGUAAAAAGAGAGCUUCAUACGCCUGAAUCUGAUCGAUCUUGCACUCAUCUGGAAUUUGACAUUUCCCACACCGGACUCACAUAUGAGACUGGUGAUCAUGUUGGAGUGUACACGGAGAACCUGAUUGAAAUUGUUGAGGAGGCUGAAAAAUUACUGGCUAUAUCACCAGACACUUUUUUCUCCAUCCACACCGAGGAGGAGGAUGGAACACCAGUUAGCGGAGGCUCCCUGCUACCUCCCUUCCCACCUUGCACUUUGAGGCAGGCACUGACCAGAUACGCAGAUCUUUUAAGUUCUCCAAAGAAGUCAGCUCUACUUGCUCUAGCAGCUCAUGCAUCAGAUCCUACUGAAGCUGAACGAUUGAGAUUUCUUGCAUCCCCUGCUGGAAAGGAUGAGUAUGCUCAAUGGGUAGUUGCCAAUCAGAGAAGCCUGCUUGAGGUCCUCACAGAGUUCCCAUCAGCCAAACCUCCACUUGGGGUUUUCUUUGCAUCUGUUGUGCCACGGUUGCAGCCAAGAUACUAUUCUAUUUCUUCCUCGCCAAAGAUUGCUCCGUCAAGAAUUCAUGUUACUUGUGCAUUGGUUUAUGAGAAAACUCCCGCAGGACGUAUCCACAAAGGGGUGUGUUCAACUUGGAUGAAGAAUGCUGUGCCAUCGGCGGAAAGCAAUGACUGCAGCUGGGCACCCAUUUUUGUUAGACAAUCCAAUUUUAAACUUCCUUCUGAUUCUAAAGUACCCAUUAUUAUGAUUGGUCCUGGCACUGGAUUGGCCCCUUUUAGGGGAUUCCUUCAGGAAAGAUUAGCUUUGAAAGAGUCCGGUGUUGAGCUGGGACCUGCUGUAUUAUAUUUCGGAUGCAGGAACAGGAAAUUGGAUUUUAUUUACAGUGACGAGCUCAACAACUUUGUUGAAACUGGCGCAAUGUCUGAGAUGGUUGUGGCAUUCUCACGCGAGGGUCCAACAAAGGAAUAUGUGCAGCAUAAAAUGAGCCAGAAAGCUGCAGAAAUUUGGGACAUGGUUUCUCAGGGAGCAUAUAUUUAUGUUUGUGGUGAUGCCAAAGGCAUGGCCAGGGAUGUUCAUCGGAUGCUACACACAAUUGCACAAGAACAGGGAGGUUUGGACAGCAGUAAGGCUGAGAGCUUGGUGAAAAAUCUUCAGAUCAGUGGAAGGUAUCUUCGUGAUGUGUGGUAAUAGCUUUUGCUGUUUCCCGCUCUCUCAACAGUUGAUGCCAACUUAAUGGGGAUCAAGAUCUGAACUGAUCCGCAACAUAUCAGAAGCUGAAGAGCACAGACACUGCAACCUUGCUAAUGUUGUUGUCCCGCAAUAUUCUUUGUAAUAUAAUAGUUCGAAUGAUGAUUCUUUUUUGUCCCAGUUUAGUUGUAUACACACAUAUAUGUACUAGUUUGGCAGUGAAAAAUGUUGUGCAAACAAAGGCUAAUACUCUGUGUAUCAUGAGCUAGCGAAGAUGUAUUAGUAAGAUAUAUGUACUCCAUCUUUGUUACAAUAAUGAUAUAAAUGGUAUGCUUACAAGGUAA